UUUGGCAAGUGCUGACUUCUCAAAUCGUCGUUGCCGUGCGUUUUUCAACAAUUUGCACGUCAUGGAGUCCAACUGUUAGGAAUCGUUGCUGGGUCACCAGACGACAAAGUGACAAAAAUAGAAUAGAAAGCGACUUGAGUUCAAGAAUCGAGUCAAAACAUCACAGACUGAGGUCGCUGAUGGCUUCUUUGCGCUGCUCCGACUUAACCCAAACAUCAUCUACCGCUUCGCGUCGCCCCGGGAUGGACUUUAGCGCGUGCUACGAGGACUCUGUGUCCAGCGUGGCCGCCGCCGCCCGCCUGGGCAACAAGAGGCGCAUGAGGUACCUGAUUCGCCAGGGCCACACCGUCGACCUUGCGGACAACCGGGGCUGGAGGGCCAUCCACGAGGCGGCCGCUGCCGGCAGGGUGGGCUGCCUUAAGGAGAUCCUCUCUGCGGCCGCCAGGACGGCCGGCUCGUCGGCGGGCUUCCAGGCGUACGUCAACUCGGCCACCCACGAGGGCGAGUCGGCCUGCUUCCUGGCGGCGAGAAGCGGCCACCUGGAUGCCGUCCGCCUUCUCCUCAAAGCCAGAGCCAACAUCGACCAGCUCACCAACGACCUAUCGUGUCCUCUCUACGUAGCGGUCAGCAACGGACACAAGGAUGUGGUGCAGCUCUUAUUGGCCAAGGGCGCCAUGUUGGACAGAUCGCACACGGCCUCCUGCUGGACGUGCCUUCAUCUAGCGGUCUAUCAGGAUCACGUGGACAUCGUGCGGUUGCUGGUGGAGUCGGCCGACCUGGAGGCACCCGACGACUACAAGGUGACGCCGCUCUUCCUGGCGGCGCAGCACGGACGGCGGCAAUGUCUCGAGGUCCUCGUCCACGCCGGCGCCAACGUGAACGCGCAGGCGGUGGACCUGGCCUCGCCGCUCCUGCUGGCUUCUCAGGAGGGUCACCUGUCUUGUGUGGACUUCUUGUUGCAGCACGGUGCAGAUGCUAACCUGGUGUGCGGCCAGAACUGGCCCCAGCUGCCCAUCCACGCCGCCGCAGAGUUUGGCCACCUCAGUAUCCUGCGGCGGCUGCUGCGCGUCACGGAACGUGCGUGCGACCGCGACGAGGGCAUGGUGAGCCCGCUCUACCUGGCCGUUCAAGGCCGCCAGUUGCCCAGCAUGGAGCUGUUGCUUGCCGAAGGCUUCAGCCCUGAUGCCCAGGACUGCGACAGCCUCCUGGACCUGCACUCGCCGCUCUCCCUCGCCUUAGAAUGCGAACUCAGGGAGGAGGCCAGGCUGCUGCUGGCGGCGGGAGCGACGCUGGACCUGGACGAGUGGAGUCUGGUGUUGAGCCGGCACGACGCAGAUGUACUGAAGCUGGUCCUGGAACACAGGUGGCUUUACCCACCACGUUUCUUGAGCGACGACUCGGCGGCGGACGGCCGUUCAAGCAAGACGGCGUUGAGGCCGCCGGAGUUUGACGACAUGUUGCUGAUGGCGCUGCAGCAGGCGGAGUUUGCCGACAGCUGGCUGCCGCCGCUCCUGAAGGCCGGACUGGAACCCAAGUUGCUGCUGCACUGCAACAUAAUGAAGGUGGCCAACAGCGAGAUGGUCAAUUUCCUGCUGCAGUUUGUCAACUGGUCAACAAUGCCCCCCUCUUUGAAAGACAUCCUGUGCCAAAGACGGGCACGGAAGACGUGGCAACCACUCCCGCAAUUUGGUAGCAACACUGACUCGAUCCCCGACCUGUCGCAUCUAUGCCGGCUGCAGAUCAGGAUUUUAAUGGGAGCCGACGCGGUGAUGAGACCAGAUGUGGUGGGCAGGCUCCCCGUACCCCCGUGCCUCCACCACUUCCUGCAGUUCGACGACAUCGCCUAGGAGACACUUGAACGUCUUGUGGUGGUGCACCUUGCUUCUGUAACCGUACCGGAAGUUUUGUUUGCAGGAGCGACAUUCAAAUGAAAAGAAAGUUGGUUGUUGUUGUUUUAAAUAACAAAUUCCAAUCACAUAGAUGAUACUGUGAGGUUUAAAUGGUGUUAAUGUUCAAUACAUUCGUAUCAUAGUUUGUUACAAAUGUCUGCUGUUUUCAUAUUUUUGUGAUGCUUGCAAAAUAAAAACUGUUGCUUCUGGAGCAAACCUCUGUCAAUCAUUUGAAAUGUGAAUUGUUUUGAUCCAAAACUCAGGCCGAAGAGGUGGCACGCUGAUUUUGAAAAUGGCGUAAUUUACUCUCACUGCACAUGGAAAAAGCCUUCGUCUUUUUUCCCAUGUUUGGGACGUAAUGACUACUUUAAAUGACUGCUGUAAUGGUGCAUUCCAGGAAGGUGGUCAAAUGUUUUUUGUUCGGGUUCAUCGUUUGGGACCUCCAGCAGACUUCUUAAUAAUGUCCUUCAAUGAUAGAAAUUAUUGAGACAAGCAACAUGUUUAUAUUGUAAAUUAUAUUUUGCCAUUCACGCUCCGCGUUAUCCUGGGGAGUGGCCAUUGUCAAGUGACGUCAGAUUGAAGCUGGUCGGUGAUGUCUGGGUUUUUUAUUCCCCUAACUUUGCGAGUUGAACUGAAACGCAACAAAGGAUAAUGAGGUUGUUGGCACCAAAUAUGCAGCAAAUCGAUGGCUCUGUGAGGUUCAAAUAAAGCCACUGAUUAGUGAA